UUUUGGGCACGAAUCGUGGGCCUUGCAGCAGGCAUCCGUUUUCUUGAACAAUCCCAGAGCUCCUUUGCUCGGCGAUAUGUUCCCAUCGCCGCACCAAUACGUUCCUGCGAUUAAAAUUACGUCAAAUUAAUGAACCGUGAAAGAAACUAGCUUUACGAUACAUCCGAGAAUGUGAAAAGAAAUAAUCGUGUCGAAUGAUUCAUUUGCAUAUUGAUUUUUUCGCACGAACAGUAUGAACGAAGUGUUGUAACCUUAAAACGUUAUUUAUACCAAAGCUUUAGGUAAUCCACGAUCAUGAAUACGAAGAAGGUCAUAACUUUCGGGAAAAUCAGUAACGAUUUAAAGCGGGAACAGUCCCAAAAUGCGGAGCCCGUUAAUUCUGGAUUUGGCACGUUUGGUAAAAAAUUACCAGAGACAAACGUGACAAAGAUGAACGAGAUCAAACCGGAGGACGAAGAGGAGACUCAAAAUUUAAAAGACAUUAUGGGUAUAACAGGCUUCGGGAAAAAGGCCAAAGCUUUCGACGUGCAGGAGAUGUUGGAGAACAUCACUAAAACUAUUAACAGUAAUAAAGCCAUCGCCAUUGGAAAAGAUACAAAAGCUUUGGAAGUAAUUGACAAUCUUUUGGAAGAAGAUGCUGAAAGUGUCGACGAUAACCAGAAUAGUGACGAAGACGAAGAUUUCAUUGGGCCUCCAAUACCUAACGACAUUGAAAAUUCAGAAGAUACAAAAAGGUCAUCACAGUCUAACGACAACGAAGACGAUAGCGACGAAGACGACGAAGAGUCUGACACGGACGAGACAGAAUUGAAGGAUAAAAUUCCGUGCAGCCACGAAGUUACAAUGACUCAUGGAACAAAGGCGGUAACCGCCAUUGCGGCCGAUCCGUCCGGAGCAAGAUUGGCUUCCGGUUCUAUCGAUUACGAUGUUUGUUUCUGGGAUUUCGCUGGCAUGGAUUCGUCUAUGAGAAGUUUCCGAACUUUGCAACCGUGCGAGAAUCAUCCUAUCAAAUGUUUACAAUACUCGAUGACCGGUGAUGUCAUAUUGGUCAUAUCGGGCUCGGCGCAAGCAAAAGUUUUGGAUCGAGAUGGCUUUGAAAAAUGCGAAACCGUAAAGGGUGAUCAGUACAUAACAGAUAUGGCGCGUACGAAAGGCCACACCGCAGGUUUAAAUAGCGGCUGUUGGCAUCCGUUCACGAAGGAGGAGUACCUCACAUGUUCGCAAGAUAGCACGUGCAGAAUAUGGAUUUUGUACAGACCGCGCGGUCAUAAACAUUUAAUAAAGUGCAGAGCACAAAAUGGCGUUAAGACUAUACCGACUACCUGCGGUUAUAGUCGAGAAGGUAACGUAGUCGCUUGUGGUUGUAUAGACGGUUCUAUACAAAUGUGGGAUCAUAGAAAAAACUUUGUCAAUCCAUCCUUGAUUCAAAGGAACGCGCACGCGCAAGGCGCCGAAAUAUCAAGCUUAAGCUUCUCUUAUCUUGGGCAAAUGCUCGCAACUAGGAGCUGCGACGAUACACUGAAACUUUGGGACUUAAGAUCGUUCAAAUCGCCGAUCUUCGAGGCCAGAGAUUUAUAUUCCCGAUACGACACGACCGAUUGUAUGUUUAACCCGGAUGAUACAGUUCUUAUCACGGGAGAGUCGUUGAAUAAAGGGCAAACCACCGGUAGAGUUUUAUUUUACGAUACAAAAACAUUUGAUGUAGUUAACGAGAUAAGCGUAACAAAUUCACACGUUAUCAAGACGUUAUGGCACCCAAAAUUGAAUCAGAUAUUCGUUGGUUGCGGGAAUGGUAUUGUUAAAGUUUAUUACGAUUCGAAGAAGAGCUUGCGAGGCGCAAAAUUAUGCGUUGUGAAGUCGCAUCUUAAACAGAAGCAUAUUGAGGUAAUGUCGACCCAACAGAUAAUAACACCUCAUGCACUUCCGUUGUUCAGACAAGAUAGGCCUAAAUCGGUUCGUAAACAAAUGGAAAAAGAUCGUCUGGAUCCCGUGAAGUCGAGAAGGCCAGACUUGCCAAUUACUUCUGGACAAGGUGGAAGAGUUGCUUCUUCCGGAGGAACGCUCAGCUCAUACGUAAUACGAAACUUAGGAUUAAGUAAGAGAAUAGAAGAUGACCAGGAUCCUAGAGAGGCCAUUUUGAAAUUUGCAAAGGUAGCGGAAGAGAAUCCUUAUUGGAUUGCUCCGGCGUAUAAGAAAACACAACCACAGACAAUUUUCCAAACGGAUGAUCCGGAUGGAGCACCAAACGCAAAGAAACAAAAAACGUAAACAGCAUGUAUUACGUUACAUAGAGUCUUACGUUUUUGUCCAACGCGUGACAGGAACUUUUUUAUGUAUAUAAAAUAUAAAUGCG